GAAAUGAUCUAAUGCCGCCUUAUUAGUCCCAGAGGCCAAGCUCCCAAGGUCAUCCAUACAGCACAGAGCGUACUUCGUCGAGCGAUCGGUAUCAGAUGCAAUUUUGGAUUGGGCCUCUGAAAUAACGAGGAAAGAAGGAUGGAAAGUCUAUCGUGCCAAGCUUUGUUUACUCGCAUUUGCACAUGGCCAUUCUCUAUCUUCGAUGUUGCAGCUGCGGAGGGGAAGGAAGAUCCCGAUUCAUAGACCUUGGAUGCUGGAUGCGGGAUGCGGGAUGCUGGAUGCGGGAUGCUUUUACAAUAUGCUCGCGCAACUCAAGACUUGCUCGAUAGCCCAACAUGACACCCAGAUGCACCCGCCCAUCGUAUAAAUAGAUAUUCAAAAGGAAGAAAACAGCGACGAGUGGGCUGUCUCUGGAGUAUGCACCAUGUCCGAUGUAGCAGUUGAUGCUGUACAAUGUUGGCUGUCAAUUAUCGAGUGUAUAUAAACCUUCCUUUCCCCUCCUUCUUGAGUAACGAUCAUCUAUAUCUUGGCUGGGUCCCUCGACUAACCAAAAUCCCUUUGGAAGCGCGACACGAGAGAUUCGAUUCAUAACCCCCAUUCCUCGAGCAAGCAUAAAGAAUACAGAAACUCGCCAUCUCCCAACUCAAAAUAUAUACCAAGAAGUACAGAGUAGUUUCUGCGCACCCGCAAAGUCCAGACGUCUUUGCAACCCAGCUGCCUGCCUGCCACCCACGUUCACCACAUAUAUAUUUAUAUACCUACGCACAUAUAUUAAAAGGGCUGGCUACCUCGGACCUUCUUUCCCCAUAAGAAAUAGGCCAAAUCUUGCAAAAGCGGCAUUCGCCCUGUAUUUGCAUUUGCAUUUGAUUUUGGGUGGUUGUGGUACCUGAUACGUACUAUUGAAGAGGCGAUAAAUUCCACCUCAAAUCAUUCUUGCAGUCUCUUUCCUAUUAGAUCCCACUACCCACUCAACCACCAACCACCAAGCAAAUUUCACUCACUCACUCACGCACUCACUCACGCACUCACUCAACCACUCACCACCCAUCCACCCACCACCUACAGACUCUCGCAACCGUCCUUCUUUUCUUUCAAAGAUAAAUCUCCCGCAUUCCUACAAAUAAUUCUCCUCUAUCAACCGUUCUCCAACGAGAUCACAUAAUUCAAAAUGGCUGAAUUCGUAAGAGCCCAGAUCUUCGGCACCACCUUUGAGAUUACUUCCAGGUAUUCUGAUUUGCAGCCUGUGGGCAUGGGCGCAUUUGGUCUCGUUUGCUCUGCCAAAGAUAACCUCACCGGUUCAAAUGUCGCGGUCAAGAAGAUUAUGAAGCCUUUCAGCACACCGGUUCUAUCCAAGAGAACUUACAGAGAGCUGAAAUUGCUGAAACAUCUCAAGCACGAGAAUGUCAUCUCACUCAGUGAUAUCUUUAUCUCACCUCUUGAGGAUAUCUACUUCGUCACCGAGCUCCUUGGUACCGAUUUGCAUCGUCUGUUGACUUCGCGACCACUCGAGAAGCAGUUCAUCCAAUACUUCUUGUAUCAAAUCUUGCGUGGAUUGAAAUACGUUCAUUCUGCAGGUGUCGUUCAUCGUGAUCUCAAGCCCAGCAACAUCCUCGUCAACGAGAACUGCGAUCUUAAGAUCUGCGAUUUUGGUCUCGCCCGUAUUCAAGAUCCUCAAAUGACAGGAUAUGUCUCUACAAGAUACUACAGAGCCCCCGAAAUCAUGCUUACAUGGCAAAAGUAUGACGUCGAAGUUGAUGUUUGGAGUGCGGGAUGUAUUUUCGCAGAGAUGUUGGAAGGCAAGCCUUUGUUCCCAGGAAAGGAUCACGUCAACCAAUUCUCCAUCAUCACCGAGCUCCUCGGAACUCCACCAGAUGAUGUUAUCCACACCAUUGCCAGUGAAAAUACCUUGAGAUUUGUGCAAUCUCUGCCCAAGCGCGAGAGACAGCCCCUUGCAAGCAAGUUCACUCAAGCAGAUCCAUUAGCUAUUGAUCUCCUCGAGAAGAUGCUGGUCUUCGACCCCAGAGCGCGAAUCAAGGCAGCCGAGGGAUUGGCACAUGAAUAUCUUUCUCCUUACCACGACCCAACCGAUGAGCCUGCGGCAGAGGAGAGAUUCGAUUGGUCAUUUAAUGACGCAGACCUCCCAGUUGAUACCUGGAAAAUCAUGAUGUACGAACAACUUUUCGAUUAUCAACCAAGAUAGAUGAUGUGCGUUCAAUCUGCAGAAGUCUACAGGCUAUCGAGUGGAUGCGACGGACCAAGAUGGUAAAGCUGACUUGGAACUUUCUGCAGGUACUCGGAGAUUCUUGAUUAUCAUAACGUCAUCAACGACGCCCAAAAUCUGACGGAAAGUCAGUAAAAAUGCAUUUGUUAUUUUGUUUUUCAAUUGAAUUUAGUUAUGAAAAGGUGUGCCUAGGGUGCAACCUUUAGCAUGGGAUGGAUACACAUUAUGGGGGAGCUGGUUGAGAGGAGUGCUCUCUUGUGCUUUCUGAUUCAACGCGACCUCUGGCGAGAACUGGCUUUUUUUUUCUUCGACUUCUGGCGUACAUAUAUUACUUGACCCAGGGAUGAUGAGUGACGUAUUUUCCGAAGUUUCUGAAUUUUGUAGUCCGCCUGCCUGUGGGGUUAUGGAUUGUGCAUGGUUCGAGUGGAGUAGUGAAAUCGAGAGGGGGACCUUUGCACACAGUAGAUGAAUGGAUUUCUUUCCGCAAAAGUUGUACUUAGAUGAUAGGAUGAUAGGACGAUAGGACGAGUAUGGUCAUUGGCUCAUGGGCGUUUAAUGGGAAAUAGAAUAAACGAGUUACGAUUUUAUAAUGAUCGAGCUAUCUUUCUGGGGGUCGACCCUUUUCUGCAACGAUAGGAUGCAAAACAAUCGAAAAUAUUGACUGUGACCUAGAGAAGAAGUAUCUUUAUUGGCUUGAAGCUCAGCUAAUACAAUACAAACUAAGCCUUUCCCAAGCACUCCCCAAGCAUUAUCCAAGACAUAAUGAUACUUGAUACGGUACAAAUCCAAGAAUGGCAAACAACAACAUCAGAAUCCAACGCAGUCUCCCAUGCACACA